AUGAGCCAUUUAUUACAAGUGGAAAAUGAACUUUCUACAAAUACACUGGGUACAUAUCUAAGUGAUUCUUCAGUUCGUCAUGAUAAUUAUGCGUUUGACGAAUUUGUGCCAGACAGAAGUUAUGAAUUUUUAAAACAGCCUGAGUCUGUCCAGACAAUUUAUCCAGAGACAUGGCUUUGGCUAGAAAGCAAUAUAAGUUCGAGUUUUCCAACAAAUGUUCAAGUAACAGCCCCUCACACAAACAGUACUUUUGUGGCCAGUGCCUUUGUGAUAUCUAAUGGACUUGGACUAGGAUUAACAGAAGAGCCUGUUGAGUUAGCUGUAUCUCGGCCUUUCUUUAUUUCAUUAAACCUCCCUCAUACAGUUACGAGAGGUGAACAAUUCAUUUUGGAAGUUACUGUUUAUAACUAUUUUCCAGAAAACCUACAGGUUCAAGUUAUAGUAGAAGCUAGCGACUCAUUUGAAGUAAUUAUUCCAAAAUAUGAUGUUGGUACUGUAGCUGGCCAAAUAAGUGAGGUUAUUUCAAGUGAGGAAUCAAAAACGGUCUUGUUUCCAAUACGACCAAAACAACUGGGUCAGAUCUCAAUUACAGUGAAAGCUAUUUCAUCUGCAGACUCUGAUACUGUAACCAAAACAAUAUUUGUCAAGCUUGAAGGAGUGAAGCACUUUUAUUCCCAAGCAGCAGUUUUUCAAUUGGAUGGUGCUGCGAGAGCCUCCCAGAUUGUAUCAAAGAAUUUCUCAUUCACUUUUCCAAAUGAUGUCGUGCAAGAUAGCAGAGAAGCAUUCAUCACUGUUAUAGGAGAUGUACUUGGACCUUCCAUAGAUGGUCUUGAGUCUUUGAUCCAGAUGCCAUAUGGUUGUGGAGAGCAAAACAUGAUUAACUUUGCACCAAAUAUAUAUGUUCUUCAAUAUUUAACAGCAACAAAACAAAUCAAGGAAGACAUUAGAAAAAAAGCCAUUAGCUUCAUGGAACAAGGUUAUCAAAGAGAAUUAAUCUACAAGAGAGAUGAUGGUUCUUUUAGUGCUUUUGGGAAUAGCGAUGCUUCUGGGAGUACUUGGCUUUCUGCAUUUGUACUUAGAUGCUUUCUCCAGGCUCGACCAUAUAUUUUCAUAAGCACUGAUGUUUUAGACCAAACAAUACAUUGGUUGGUGCAGUACCAGGAUGCAAGCACUGGGAUUUUCUCAGAGCCAGGGCAGGUUAUACAUUCUGAGCUACAGGGUGGAUUGAAUGGACCUAUAACACUCACUGCCUAUAUUCUUAUUUCACUGGUGGAAGAUGAUGCUUAUAAACAUGUGUUUGCUUCCAAAAUUGAAAAAGCUGUAAAAUAUCUGGAAAGCUUGUCUGAGAAGGACUUUUCCAGCAACUACACCUUGUCAAUUGUUGCAUAUGCUCUGUCUCUGGUCAACAGCAAUAAAGCAAGUCCAGCACUUUCCCAGCUCAAUUCACGGGCAGAUAUAAGUGGAGAUAUGAGGUAUUGGUCUUCGCCAUCUAAAACGGCAAGCUACUGGCAGCCAAGGUCAACUGAUAUUGAGACGGCUGCCUAUGCUCUUCUCUCCCACUACAAACAAAAUCGUAUUUCAGAAGGCAUUCCUAUCAUGAAAUGGCUCAGUCAACAGAGAAGCCAUCUUGGAGGAUAUUCAUCCACUCAGGAUACGGUUAUGGCUCUUCAGGCUUUAGCCCAGUUUACAGCAGUUGCACCAAAUGGUGAUACAUUCUUAACUCUGAGAGUUACUGGUGAAGGUUCAUUUGUGCCAAAAGUAUUUCAGAUCAACAGUGAAAAUCUUCUUAAUUUACAAAGCCAGCAGAUAACUAUUUCACAGCCAUUGGCAUUCAACGUUAUUGCAACUGGAAAAGGAAUAGCUAUUUUUCAGCUAAACAUAAAUUAUAACCAGAAAGCAUCUUCCCGACGUAAGAGAAAUGUCCUUAUACCAGAAGCAUUCACCUUAGAUGUCAGAGUAAAUGAUAAUAAUAAUGACAUCCAUAGGCUGUCUGUGGAUGUAUGUACAAGCUAUGAAGGAGAAGGCAGUGAAAGUGGAAUGGUUCUUUUAGAUGUUGGAUUUCUCAGUGGAUUCACAUUGGCUCAAGAAGGAAUUCCCACUAAAGGAUCACUUAAAAUGGUGGAAAAAAAUGACGACAAAGUAUACCUUUAUUAUGAUUCAGUGAACAGAACCCAAGUUUGUGUAUCUGUUCCAAUGGUUCGCACUGCAAAUGUAGCUGGCUCACAGGAUUCUGUGAUAACAAUUUUGGAAUACUAUGAUCCAAGAAACUCAGCAACCAGAACCUAUAACUCUGAUACAAUGAAAAGCAUACCAUUGUGUGACUACUGUGGACAGGAUUGUGCUUCUUGUCAAUCCAAAGUCCCAGCAGACCCACAAACCACAGUAUGGGAGGAAACAAAAACCACCACAACCCAGUCGAGUCCAGGAACCACUAUCCAGUCUAGUCCAAGAACCACUACCGAGGAGAGUCCAAGUACCACUACACAGAAGACACAAAGUACCACUACGCAGAAAAAGCCAAACACGACUGUCAAGAAGAAUUCAUGCCCCACUAACUGUCCUACCACAUCAACAUUUAGUUUGUUUGUUUUUUUCUUUCUGCUUUACAUAUAUUAUAUGUGAAACUGA